ACCGCGCCGUGCCGCAGGUUGGUGGACCCGCGGGUGGACCUGGUGCGCGCCGAGUGGUCCCCGUGGCGCCGCACGCCCUGGCUGCUGCCGCUGCUGCUGGAGCUGUCGCCGUGGCGCGAGCGGCUGCAGGAGCUGGAGAGCGGCCUGGACGGACACACGGACGUCGUCUUCAUCGCCGACUUCCCCGGCUUGCACUUGGAGAACUUCGUCAGCGAGGAUUUGGGGAACACCAGCCUGCGGGUGCUGCGCGGCGAGGUGCUGCUGGAGCUGGUGGAGCAGCGCCGCAACCACAGCCUGAGGGAGGGCGAGGGGCUGCAGGUGCCCCCCGGGGAGUACCACAAGGUGCACACGGUGUCGCCGGAGCCCUCCUGCUACAUGUACACCUACGUCAACACCACGGCGCUGGCGCUGGAGCAGAACCUGACGCGGCUGCAGGAGCUGCGAGAGCGGGUGCAGAACGGCACCGAGACGGAGCCGCUGCCCCCCGAGCUUCGGCCCAUCCUGGGGGAGCCGCUGGCGGCGGGGGCCCCGACGGACCCGGUGGUGGCGGCGUUCCUGCGGCGGCAGCGGCGCCUGGAGGAGCUGGGGCGACGACGGGACGCCGGCCUCGGCCAGCGCCUCCACCGCUUCCUCCGCAAGAAGUAUUACCUCUUCCGGCGCAGCGCGCUGAUGACCCUCAUCUCCCUGCGCAACCUGGCGCUGGGCCGCCCGCCCCUGGAGCAGCUGGCGCAGGAGGUGGCCUUCGCCAACUGGCGCGGCGAGGAAGAGGAGGGCGCGCGGCCCGAGGGCGAGGGGCAGGCUCCCCCCGAGCUCUGAGCGCCCCCAAUAAAGCCUUUUUUAACCCC